AUGGACAUAAAAAAUGGGUUUACGGGAACUGAAGAUUGUAUGCCAGAAUGUAGCCUAACCAGCAACCCUUGCAACUGGUCGAACAUCGACUGCGACCACUCAGGUUUUGUUGUUGUCAUCGAUCUUACGCAAAAUUGUAAGAAGUUGGAAGGUGUUCUUGUCGACUUCACUGAGGGGCUUGUCAACUUAACUCACUUGAAUUCUCUGUAUCUAAAUCUGGGGCUCAGAACAGUUAUGAAAAAGCUUAAGGCUUUGGGUUUUUCCAUUUUUGUUCUUUGCUUAUUUUGUUUGAGUGGGGCAUGUAAUGGAGAAGAUGAAAAUGUGGGAGCUCUAAUGGAGAAAACAGAGCAAGAUGCUUUGUAUUCUACUAUUCAGGAUUUUGUGGGUAAGUGGUGGAACGGGUCGGAUCUUUAUCCGGAUCCUUGUGGUUGGACUCCUAUCCAGGGUGUUUCGUGUGACUUAUUCGAUGGCUUUUGGUACGUGACCGAAUUAAACAUUGGCCCUUUUCACGACAACUCCCUAGCAUGCGCCCCAAAUGUCGAAUUUAGCCCCCAUUUAUUUGCACUAAGGCACCUUAAAUCCCUCUCCUUCUUCAACUGCUUCGUCCUGCCACGUCAGCAUCCCGUCUCAAUCCCAGCCGAGGGCUGGGAAUCCAUAGCCGAGACCUUACAGUCGCUCGAAUUCCGGUCAAACAAUGGCCUGACCGGAAAUAUUCCGGUCAAUUUUGGGGAGCUCACAAAUCUUCAGUCCUUGGUGCUAACAGAAAACGAGCUAACUGGCGAAUUGCCCCAAAGCAUGGGUAAUUUGGUCAAUUUGCGGCGCUUGAAUCUUGCAAGGAAUUAUUUUUCCGGAAAAAUCCCGGACACUCUCGGCCGGCUCAAUCGCCUUUUGAUUCUCGAUUUCGGCCAAAAUUCGCUCUCCGGGAUUCUCCCGUUGACUUUUGGAGGGUUGACUUCACUACUGAAGCUCGACUUGAGUCAAAAUCGGUUGACCGGCAAAAUCCCACCGGAUUUUGCGAAUUUGAAGGAGUUAACACUGUUGGACCUGAGCAGCAACAAUAUUUCAGGUGGAUUGAGUCAAUCACUUGAAGAAAUGAAAUCAUUACAAGAAUUAGUCCUUUCAAACAAUCCCAUUGGUGGGGACUUAAUGGGCCUUGAUUGGACAAAGUUGAAGGGCCUUGUUGCCCUGGACCUGGCCAAUAUGGGCCUGGCAGGGGCCAUCCCUGGGUCCAUUGCUGAGUUAAGUGGGCUCAGAUUCUUGGGCCUGAAUGAUAACAAGCUCUCAGGGAAUAUUCCACGGAAUCUUGCGCGCUUGCCUAAUCUUAGUGCAAUGUAUGUCCAUGGGAAUAACUUGACAGGUCAGCUUGAAUUUCCAGGGCUGUUUUAUGGGAAGAUGAGGUGGCGUUUUGGAGCGUGGGAUAAUCCUAAUCUGUGUUAUCCCGUGGGAUUGAUUAAAUCGAGUUAUGUGCCGUUUGGGGUCAAACAAUGUGAUGAGGAGGAGGGGAUUAUGAGAUUUGAGGCUGGUCUGGAUGAUAAUAAUAAGGCCAAGUUGGGGCAAAAUGUGAAAUGGAAGAGUACAGGGGCUGCUUUGGGAUUUUCGGGAUUUGGUUCUUGUGGAUUGGGUUUGUUAGUUGAGUACAUGAAGAUUGGAGAUAUUGCUGACAUGGGCUUAUCUUUGCUAUCUCUUUGGCAAUGUGCCAUGGUUUUAAAUGAGCUGAAAAGGAAAGAGCAAAGGGAC